AUGAAGUCUGUUUGGAAUGGGAAAAUAGAUUUUUGUGUAAAUGAUCAAAAAUUGUUUUUCACCCACUUCAUAAUGCCAUUAAGUCGCGAUAUCAAACGUAUUUUUAUCAAUCACAUCAGCGAAUGCAUAAUCAACAACAAGUCUACAAUCAGGAUAUUUAAUCUGUUGAAUGAAGACAUUAAGUUGAAAACAUUCACCAUUCACAAGUAUCCACUUUUACACGCAAAACAAUUUGCUAGUUGGAAGACGAUGAGUGUUUAUGCUUUCAAGCUAUUGUGUAAUUCUGUUGGAAUAAGUGGAUAUAGAUUGAGGCUAUGGAGGGUAAACGUCAGUUGA